CAAAAUUUCCCUCCAUGGUUUAAUACUAAGUUCACCAAAUCUGGUGAAAUAUCACUAGACGUGGCAACGUUGCAGGCAUGUGACAUGUAGAUAUUGUUGGCGCGAAAUUUUGACUUUUUUAUUGUCAAAUUUUUAGUUGUCUUAUUUUCCAAAUCAUAGUGUUUUUAAACAACAUAAAAAUGUUUCUUGUGCGAAGUUUUAUUCUUCUUUUAGCCGCAGUGGUGGCAACUUGUCACGUGGAACCGAUUGUGCUGGUCCAUGGGGGCGCCGACACGGUCCACCCCCUGCGAGUGGAAAAAAGAAAAGAAGGGGUGAAGAACGCCGCAAUGGGUGGCUAUAAAAUCCUGAAAAAAGGGGGCAGCGUUGUCGAUGCUGUCGAAGAAGCUGUAAAAAUUAUGGAAGAGGAUGUUAAGUUCAACGCUGGUUACGGGUCGGCGUUAAACAGCGAAGGGGACAUAGAAAUGGACGCUUGUAUUAUGGUGGGGUCAAAUUUAACAUCCGGGGGGGUCACUGUUGUCAAAAACGUGGCUCACCCUGUGAGUUUGGCCCGCUUGGUGAUGGAAAAAUCGCCCCACUUUCUCCUCGCCGGCGAGGGUGCGAAAAAAUUUGCCAAGCAGCACAAUGUCCCCUUUGUGCCCCUCGCCAGUCUAAUGGCGGAGCACUCAAAACAAGAUUUUGACGAAUACCAAAAAAACCCACGUAAGGAUGAUUUGGAAAUGGGAGGGUGUGGGGGCGUCGGGGCUAUCGCCGUCGACGCCCAUGGACGCGUCGCUGCAGCGUCGUCCACAGGGGGACGACUUGCAAAACUCCCGGGAAGAAGCAGCGCCGCUGCUAUUGUCGGAGCUGGACUUUAUGCCGACGAUGAGGUCGGGGCGGCGGUAGUGACAGGCACGGGGGAAAGCAUCGCUCGGUAUGUGUUGGCACACGAAAUCAUCAAUUUAAUGACGAGGGGUUUCGAUGCCGGGGUUGCGACGAGAAAUGCCGUCAAGGGGAUAACAACAAGAUUUCGAAAACCGACAGGGGCGAUCACAGUGUCUAAAAAUGGCCAAGUUGGUAUUAGUUUCACGACUGAUAAGAUGGCAUGGGCUUAUCAAGUGCGCGACGACGUGCAUUAUGGUCUAGACGAUUACGAUCAUUUCAGCGAAAAAAUAAAACUCUAACAAGCAACAAAAACAAUUUUUAUUUAUUUAUUCAAAUCAAUAUCAUUGCUUUCAUGUCGUAAUACACGGAAUUACAGUUAACUAAACCAGUUCUACUCAGAUUUCCCGAGACCUUGUCUAGUAAGACACACAAUUCGAGUGGCAUGGAGUAUUUUGUUCUAAUUUUAGGUCUAUCACUAUUUACACAGAUUAGCGAAUCAAAUUGUUUAAGGUGCAAAAUGGAGCCGAUUGUCCUCGUCCAUGGCGGCGCCGGUGACAUCCCCGAUUCCCGGGUUUCCCUCAAAAUAGCCGGAGUGAAAAAAGCCGCAUCUUUGGGCUACAAAAUUUUG